UCUAAUAAUUUUUGUCCUGCCCUUUAAAAUAUUUCACAUUUUUCAAUCACAAAUUAGGUCAUUAUAUACUUGGUUUUAGGCAGGAAAACGAAUUAUUUUCUAUCGUGUUCUGCCAGAAUAAAAUAAUACUUUAUAAUAUUUAUUAUGAUUAUGACUCUUCCGUAGAAACAAAUUCAGCUCAUUCUCAUAUUAAUUUAUUUCUGACAUUCUCAUAUUAAUUUAAGGUCACUUCUUGUAUUGAGCCCUUAUAGAGGUACCCAGCACACUGAUUCUUGCUACUUAUUUGGCUUUUCCUGUGGUUUUAUUAGCUGUGAUCAGUACAAGUUGCUUUUGAACUCAAAACACAAUGCAAUAAUUUCAGUUACAUCUUUUCUUUAACAUAAAACAAUGCAAGGGAUAAAAACUUGUCAUUUUACCUGGGAUAUUUGAUUGAAGCCCAUGAGUAUUUGAGUCACUUUUUUGUACCUCCCAAUCUAAAGCCUUAAAAACUGUUAUAUGUGAAUUUAAUCCUCACAGUUCUGUAGAGAAUAACUACAUCCAACUGCGUGAUUAAUAUGGAUGUAAAAUAGUCCCUAAAAAUGGGUGCAGUUUCAAACUCCUUCUUUUAAUCACAUUUAGCUGCAAUUAAAGGGAACUACAUAGUAUAAGUUAAAUAUCCCUUUGCAUAAAAACGUAUGACUUUGCUAUAAAAAAUUAUGACUAGAAAACACUGACCCAUUAAUAGCAUGCGGACUGAUUUAUACCUUAUUGUUCUGCUGCUGCAGUCACGUGGUACACUCAGCCAAUAGGGAUACAGUCUGCAUGCAACUUAUUAGGCGACUGUACUUCUUUGUAGGACCAAGUUGUUACAUGAAAUCUGCAGUUUCAUAAUUUCAGGAGGUCCUGGACUGUUCAAAAGCAAUGUCGACUUCAGGGACUCUGAGUAAUUAUUAUGUGGACUCUUUCAUUAUUCACGAGGGUGAGGAUUUUAUUCAAACUAGAUAUAGCACUGGCUCAUUGGCUCAGCAAGCAAGGCAAUCAGCUCUGGGGGAGCACUCAGAAUUCACCCCAUGUAGCUUCCAAUCCAAAACUUCAGUUUUCAGCAGCCCCUGGAAUCCAGUGCACCCACAAACAGCCAGUAAUGUCUCCAGCAUGUACCACCCAUAUGUGCACCACCAAGCACCCCUAGGAAGCUCUGAUGGCAGCAGGUACAUGCGAUCAUGGCUGGAGCCAAUGCCUGGAUCAUUGUCUUUCCCUGGGUUACCUUCCAGCAGGCACUAUGGCAUCAAACCUGAGCCGCAGGUCCCCAGAAGGGGAGACUGUGCCACCUAUGAUACCCACUCUCUGCCUGUGUCAGACUAUACUUGUGCUUCCCCAGUUGAUAGGGAUAAACAUAUUAGCGACGAUGCAUUUGCUGUCAACAAUGGAGAAAGCACAAAGAAUGGAGAGAAGCCCCCCAUAGACCCAAGUAACCCAGCUGCAAACUGGCUACAUGCAAGAUCCACCAGAAAAAAACGUUGUCCUUACACCAAACAUCAGACACUGGAAUUGGAAAAGGAAUUUUUAUUUAAUAUGUAUUUAACAAGAGACAGACGAUAUGAGGUGGCCAGAUUACUCAAUUUAACAGAAAGACAAGUCAAAAUCUGGUUCCAAAACAGGAGAAUGAAAAUGAAAAAAAUUAACAAGGAUCGAUCAAAGGACGAGUAAUUGUAACAAGCGCUAUUAAACAGCUGUUUUUUUUUCUCUCACAAGAGAUGCUACUGUAUCAAGGCCUCAGUUUUUGUUCGUCAGACAAAAAAAAUGUAUUAUUGUAACAAAAAGAGUGGCCAGUCUUGGUUAGCCAGUGCUGUCAAAGAGGUACUGUAUUACUUAAAUUCUCUCAUAAACAGAUCAAAAGGGUCAUAAACCCCCUUGGCUUCUGGGAAAGGCUGCAGCACAUUGCACAGCAAUGAGUUACACAUCUCUGAGGCAGCCAAGCUUAUUAAGGUGGGCUGGCACAUAAUCUACCUGUUAUUCCUCUACAAAACUACCUUUUCAAUGUGCACAACUAUAUACUGAUUAUAGAUUAGAUGAGAUGUAGUUUAAUAUAAAUGGCUUCUCUUGAGACAGAGAGGUUUGCUGAUAUACUUGAAUUAUGUGUUUCAUUGUAGUAACUAUAUUUGUGGCUCAACUUGUGUGCUUGGGUGCUGUAAAUGUUCCAAUUGUUUAAGCUAGGACUGAAUUGAACUCAGGUUGUUUAAUAUAGAAAAGUAGCUGUAGACUAUGAGCUUGUAAUGAUUAUUGUUUCUGUAUUUAGGAACUCCUAACUAUAUGUUUAAACCUGGGUUAGGGGCAAUCAGAAUUCCCAGUGUUUUUAAAAUCAAGGACUCGAGUAUGCACAUAAUGUAUACUGUUAAUGUCAUUUGUAAAUAUAUUCUGCUAUAUGAUAAGAAAAGCAUUGGAAAUUAUAUAACUUUUUUUUUUUUGCACCAGUGAGCAAAUAACACAGGCUGGAUCUACAUAGAUAUAUAUAUGUGGAAUUUAAGAUGUACUACCUAAUGUGUAUGUUAUGUUCUACGUAAAAAUAUGGUUCGUUGUAUGGACGUUAACUUUAUUAAGAAUAAAUUAUACAUUAUACAAACACAAAAAAGGAAAUUGGCCAACAGUAUAUGUCUAUCUUUAUAAACAGUAAGAAAAUAAUUUAUUCAGAUCUUGCUCUAUCUAUUGCAAUAGUUACCUCAUGGCCUGUUGACCAAAAUGUUGUUCUAAAAUAUUUAUCGUUUUGCCGAAUAAAAUCUAAUUUUUUUUGUUA